AUAAAACAAUUAUAAUCAUUGGUGGUGGAAUUAGUGGUUUAACUUUAGCACAGGGUUUAAAUAAAAAUGGAAUCAAGUUUAAAUUAUUCGAAAGAGAUGAAAGUGAAAAUUUUAGAUCUCAAGGUUAUCGUUUAAGAAUUUCACCAGAAGGCUCGAGUGUUUUAAAAGAGAUUCUAUCUGAAGAAUUAUGGAAAUUAUUUAAAGAAACAUGUGCAAGAACUCAAGUUGGUGGUACAUCAAUAAAUGCAAUUACCGGUGAAAUUACUAGAAGAGUUGCAAAUAUGGCACCCAAUCAAAGCUACACCGAUGACAGUAUGGUAUUUACAGCUGAUAGAAGUACUCUUAGAAACUUAUUAACAUUGGGUAUCAAAGAUCACUUAGAAUUUGGAAAAAAAUUUGUAAAAUACAAUAUUAUUCAAGAUGAAAGCGGCCAAAGCAAAGUAGAAGCUCACUUUUCAGAUGGCUCAGUAUUUGUAGGUGAUUUAUUGGUUGGAGCAGAUGGUGUUAACUCUUUGGUUAGAAAGCAAUUUACCCCAGAUUCAAAACAAUUUGAUACUAAUGGAAGAUGUAUUUAUGGAAAAACACCAUUAACAAAUAAAUUAUUGGAGCAAUUACCAGCAUCCUGUAUGGAGUGGAUAACAACAAUAAUUGAUGACAAGAAUCUAACUCUUUUUAUGGAACCAAUUAAAUUCAAACCAACUAAAAUUGAAGACCCAAACUUCAUUCCAGAAACAAAUGACUAUAUCUAUUGGGUGCUCUUAGGUUUAAGCCAUUGCUUUGAAAAAUCAGACCAAGAACUUUACAGCUUAUCACAAAAAGAAUUAAAAGAACAUCAACUUAAACUAAUCGAGAAAUGGAACCCUCAACUCAAAAAUAUUAUUACCAGCUCAGAUGAAACCAAAUCAAGCUAUAUUAGUGUUGCGUCAUCCUUCCCAGAUGUUUAUGAAUGGGAAACAAAUAGCAAUAUUACUUUAAUGGGUGAUGCAAUUCACAAUAUGUCACCAACUGGUGGUUCUGGUGCCAACACUGCAAUUUAUGACUGCUUAAUUUUAUUAAAUGCAAUUAAAAAAGGUUCAAGAAAACAAGAUUUGGAACAGUACGAAAAAGAAAUGAGAGAAUUCUCUAAAAAGAUGAUUCUUGGAAGUUUAAAUGGUGCAAAACGUCUAUUUGGCUUUACCUCCAUCGAAGAUUGCAAGGUUAUCGAAAAUUAAAAAAUAAAUAUUUAUAUUUUUAUUUAUAAU